AUGAGUUCUUAUUCAAGAGUCCCUCAUUCUGAAGACGACGUUCGGGAAGUCGAACUUCAAGUUCCCUCUUCAAAUGCCGAAGCCUCCUCAUCCAGUUCUUCGAAUACCAUCCUUUCAACACACAGUAAUGACGAAAUAAUAGAGUCUGAACUCACACCCAUGAUUAUUGAAGAAGUUAUUGAAGGAACUAAUGAAGUAGAAAACGAAACUGAGACAGAAAACGAUUCCAAUAACAAUUCCAAUAGUAGUGGCAGUACUAGAUUUUCUAUACUAAACAAAAUUAAGAAAAAGAUCAUGAAUCAAGCCGCUACUUUACCCUCAAGCACCGAUGGAGUAUUUGCAAACUUGUCAGCCAAACCUGACACACAAUCUGAUAAUGAAGAUAAAAAUCCACCGCCAUAUGAAACGGCUGCGGCAGAUGCAGCACCUCCAUACUUGGAAACAACUAUUAUUGCACCUGGAUUGUGUGGAGACGAAAUGCUUGUUGAGGGUUUACCUGUGGGAAAUUUUUUCAGUUUUGUAUGGAAUAUGCUUGUAUCCAUGAGUUUUCAAUUUGUUGGAUUUUUGCUUACAUAUCUUUUACAUACCACCCAUUCUGCCAAGAAUGGCUCCCGAGCUGGUUUGGGUAUUACAUUGGUGCAAUAUGGAUUUUAUCUUCGUGGUAGAUCACUGCAAGAGGAAGGUGGUUAUUAUAGUAGUUAUGGAGAUACAGAUAUGAGUGAUAAAGAAUUAUUGGCUCGUAGCGCAUGGUUAAGUAUUUCAGACUAUAUCCGGGUCAAAAGGUUGGAAUCAAUUAUGCGGUCAAAUCCUGAAGAGAAUGCAUGA